AACCAGUCUUCAGCAUUGCUUCUCCAAGACUCAGGCUUCGAACUCUGUGGCUGAAAAGGCGAGAUCUGAUGUUACACCACUAGUGUGUUCUGCCUCCGUUUAGGGGCCCUGCUGGGAAGCUUUCAGAUAGAACCAUUAGUGACACGGCACUCGAUUGAAUCGGUCUGUCUCUACGGUAGAAGAGGCGGGCUCGCCGCAGGCGCUCCAAGGCCAAAGCGAGAUCCUACUGCGCAGGCGCAGUAGAGAAUCGAAGGAGCCACCAAUGGAGCUGUCCGGAGGGGAGCAAGAACCCGGAGCCGUCAGGCUCCUGGACCUGCCCUGGGAAGAUGUGCUGCUCCCACACGUCCUGAACCGCGUCCCGCUGUGCCAGCUGCUCCGGCUGCAGCGCGUCAGCAGGGCCUUCCGGGCGCUAGUGCAGCUGCAUCUGGCCGGGCUGCGCCGUUUUGACGCUGCUCAGGUGGGUCCGCAGAUCCCACGGGCCGCAUUGGUCCGGUUACUUCGGGACACAGAAUUGCUGCAGGAGCUGGCGUUGGCUCCGUGUCACGAAUGGCUAUCGGACGAAGACCUGGUGCCGGUACUGGCGCGGAAUCCGCAGCUGCGGAACGUGUCGCUGGCUGGCUGCGGGCAACUGAGCCGCCAUGCCCUUCGGAUGCUGGCUGGGGGCUGCCCCCGUCUGCAACGCCUGUCGCUUGCGCACUGUGACUGGGUGGACGGGUUGGCGUUACGUGGCCUAGCCGACCGCUGCCCCGCCCUGGAGGAGCUGGAUCUCACUGCCUGCCGGCAGCUCAAGGACGAAGCCAUCGUGUACCUGGCGCAGAGGCGAGGUGCAGGCCUCCGCAGCCUCUCGCUGGCGGUCAACGCCAACGUUGGCGAUGCCGCAGUCCAGGAAUUAGCUCGGAACUGCCCGAAACUAGAGCACCUCGACCUCACUGGCUGCCUCCGAGUAGGAAGCGAUAGCAUCAGGACAUUGGCAGAAUACUGCCCAGCGCUGCGCUCUCUGAGGGUACGGCACUGCCACCAUGUGGCCGAGCCCAGCCUGAGCCGCUUGAGGAAGCGGGGUGUGGACAUCGACGUGGAACCACCACUGCACCAGGCCCUGGUGCUGCUGCAGGACAUGGCAGGCUUCGCACCCUUUGUCAACCUGCAGGUCUGAUACAACCUUCUGCCGGUGGGUGCACAGCUGGACUGUGUGGCUGAGGCCUAACACUGAGCUGUAGGAAAUUAAACUGUGGGGACCUGUUGGAAGAGACCAGUAUCUUGCCUACCCUGAAACUUCAAAUAAAGAGCUUUUUGCCCUCU